AUGGCCUGCUGUGCUUUGGAAUCUCUGGGCCUGAUGCUUGAAAUUAUCGGGGUGUUGGGGACUUUUGCUGUCACUCUGAUGCCCCAGUGGAAAGUAACUGCCUUCGUUGCAGAGAACAUUCUAGUCUCUGAAAUGCGUUGGGAAGGCCUGUGGAUGAACUGCAUCAGUCGUGUGGAUGGGGUCCGUGUGUGCCUGGACCAUAAGUCCGCAUUGGCUCUUGAAACUUCUUUAGGAGUAUCCAGAGGGCUCAUGUGCACAGCAUGUGUGUUAUCAGUUAUCGCCUUUCUGAUUGCCGUUCCUGGCAUGAAGUGCUUCAAAUGUCUUGGCAACCAUGAGCAAAUCAAGGACAAGAUGUUAUUGGCUGCUGGAGUCAUUUUUCUUUUGACUGGGAUUAUUGUGCUGAUUCCUGUUUCCUGGGUUGCCAUCAAUAUCAUCACGGACUUUUAUGAUACAGCGGUCCUGAAUUCCCAGAAACAUGAAUUGGGAGAAGCCCUCUAUUUAGGCUGGACAACCUCAGCAUUCCUGAUCAGUGGAGGAGGCGUAUUAUGCAGCUUCUGCCACCGUGCAAAGAAGGCCAGAAGAUAUCUCUCACCAUCCAACCCUGGACUGCACAAACCUGAACAUGUCAAAGGGAAGCCUGCAUCUGUAUACUCCUAUGUCUGA